AUGGGCUCGUCAGGUGAGUUUUACCAUGCUGAUCACGUCAACUAUGAUUCAAAUUUGAGUAAGGAAGAAGUUCUUGGACAGCUUCUGUUGUCAUACGAAGGACUAUCUGACGGACAGGUCAAUUGGGUUUGUAAUUUGUCAAACGCUUCGUCAUUGAUCUGGCAUGCAUACAAGUCAUUAGGUGUUAGCGUAAAUUGGGCUGGUUUUUAUGUUACUCAAGAUAACAAAGAAGAUACUCUGUUAUUGGGCCCAUUUCAAGGUAAGGUUGCUUGCCAAACAAUACAAUUUGGUAAAGGUGUUUGCGGAACUGCGGCUUUCACAAGGGAAACACAGAUUGUUUCAGAUGUCAAUAAAUACCCAGAUCACAUUGCGUGCGAUGGAGAAACUAAAAGUGAAAUUGUUGUUCCAAUCAUAUCCAAUGAUAGUAAGACAUUGGGGGUUAUAGAUGUAGAUUGUUUGGAUUACGACGGAUUCGAUGAAGUAGACAGAGAAUUCUUAGAAAGGCUCGCUAAGUUAAUAAAUAAAUCAUGUGUCUUUAAAUAA